AUGUUACCAUUGCUCGGCGCGCUUGGCGGCGGCAGGUAUGCGUUGGACGUGAACACGGAGCGCGCGGAGGACGUGCUGACGCACAAGCGGCUGCUGGAGGAGGCGGCGCGGCUGCACGGGCUGCCCGUCUUCUUCGUCCGCGCCGUCCGGAUGGCGGCAGCGGGGGAGGCGGGGCAGCACGCGAGCAUGGAGACGGACGACCACCAUCCCGCCCUGCCGCCCCACGGCGCGCUAGCGCCGCCAGCGUUUGGGUCGUCGCCGAAUCUGGAGGAGCCGGUGGCGGGCGGCGGGCACGGCGGUGCCAUGGGCGACCACCGCCACGCCGACCUCAGUGCGCCGUACUACAACGUGCCCAUGCACGAAGUCACCUUCUCCACCUUCGACCGCCCCAAGCUGCUCAGCCAGCUGUCAGCGGUGUUGGCGGACGCGGGGUUGAACAUAAGGGAGGCACAUGUGUUCUCCACGUCCGACGGGCUCUCCCUCGACGUCUUCGUCGUCGACGGCUGGCCCACCGAGGACGUGGUGGAUCUGCAUGCAGCCUUGGUGCGCGUGCUGCAGAUGGGGGCGGGCGCAGCGCUCUCCAUGCAGCCAGAGGCGUCCGGCCAGUCAAUGCAGUCAAUGCAGUCAGGGCGAGGCCCCGCGGGGUCGGAGUCAGCGGGGAUGGGGGGCCUGGGGGCAGGCGGGCAGGGGGCGGGGUCGUUGGUGUCGGGGGCGGAGUCACGCGUGCCCAUCCCCACGGACGGGCGGGACGACUGGGAGAUCGACAGCCAGCAGCUCAAGCUGCACCACAAGAUCGCCUCCGGCUCCUUUGGUGACCUGUACCGGGGCACGUACUGCGGGCAGGACGUGGCGAUCAAGAUCUUAAAGCCCGAGCGCCUCAACGACUCGCUGCAGCAGGAGUUCGCCCAGGAGGUGUACAUCAUGAGGAAGGUUCGCCAUAAGAAUGUGGUGCAAUUUAUUGGAGCCUGCACCAAGCCGCCUAACCUCUCUAUUGUCACAGAGUUCAUGGUGGGCGGCAGUGUGUACGACUACAUUCACAAGCAGCGCGGCAGCAUGCGGCUGCCCAUGGUGGUGCGCGUGGCCAUGGACGUGGCCAAGGGGAUGGACUUUCUGCACAAGAACAACAUCAUCCACCGCGACCUCAAGGCCGCCAACCUCCUCAUGGACGAGAAUGAGGUGGUGAAGGUGGCGGACUUUGGAGUGGCGCGGGUGAAGGCGGGCAGCGGCAUCAUGACGGCGGAGACCGGCACGUACCGCUGGAUGGCGCCCGAGGUGAUAGAGCACCGCGCGUACGACCACAAGGCGGAUGUCUUCAGCUUUGGCAUCACGCUGUGGGAGCUGCUCACCGGCAAGCUGCCCUAUGCGGAUCUCACACCUCUGCAAGCAGCUGUCAGUGUGGUGCAAAAGGGGCUGCGGCCGCCCAUCCCCAAGGGAACACACCCGCGGGUGGCAGAGCUGAUGGUGCGGUGCUGGCACACCAACCCCGCUGAGCGCCCCGAGUUCAGCAUGGUGCUGCGCCUGCUGGCUGACAUGGCACACGAGUCGCAGGUGGAGGAGGAGGGCGAGGGCGAGCAGAGGCGCAGGGAGAGGCGAGGAGGCUUCUUCUCCUCGCUCAAGCGCACCGGGGGCAAGUGA